AUGGUGCCGCGCAAGAAACCUCCAUUAUCAACGUCAAAGAACAGCAGCCUCUUGGAUUUCUUCGGACGCGCUGGAGGUACCGGUAGCUCUGAGGCCCGGAAGGGGAAGAGGAAGGCGGACGCGGGGUCGGCGGCAGACCCGGUGGUCAUCAGCGAUGAGGACGAGCCGGCACGCAAGCAGCCGCGCUCCUUGCCCAGUGGGGUCGAGCGACUGUGCAGCAGCCCGGAGGAGGAUGAGGCGGAGGAGGUACUCAUAUCCGAGUGCAUUAUGUGCGGAAUGCGGUUGCCGCGCGACAGAGCUUCCGCCGAGGCGCAUGUCAAUGCAUGUAUUGAUGCCGACGGCGACCCGCCCAAACCUGGUCCCCCGAACACAGGCCGACCCAAAUUAGACCCAUCUAAACCUGCCAAGGAUCCACUUGCCCAACCUUCCCCGGCCUCCUCGCCAGAAGUGGUCCUUCUUUCGCCCGAACCAUCGCCGAGGAAGGUCUCGUCGCCGAGAAACCUUUCUCCCAAAGCGAAGGGCAAGGAACACCAUAAGACGCCCAGACCUAUCACGAGCGUCACUCACUCACUCCGUACGGAACUCCCACGUACGGAACUCCCACCUCCAGGCAAAGCGAACGCCUUCUCCGUCCUCAUGUCUGGCAACAAGGACAAGGAGACGUGGGACGAGGUCGACCAGCCCAAGAAUGUGCCUGGACGUCGACGACCCGCACCGUUCUACAAGAUCCUCACCGGCAUGCCCAUCGCGGUCGACGCGUUCUGCUACGGUGCCAUCCCUGGUGUGAACGCCUACUUCCUCACGCACAACCACUCCGACCACUAUACCAACCUCUCCAAGUACUGGCGGCACGGACCGAUCUACUGCUCCGAGACGACAGCGAAUCUUGUUGUGCUCAUGCUUGGCGUGGAGCCACAGUGGGUCCACGGCAUUCCGGACAACGAGCGUUUCACCAUUCCCAACACAGGCGGGGUGACGGUGACUCUCAUCGAGGCUAAUCACUGCCCCGGCUCGUCCAUCUUUCUCUUCGAGGGCCGUCAAACCGCGCACGCUGGCGACUCGUCGUUUCGCUCUCCAUUUGUGGGAACCAAGCGCAUAUUCCGAUACCUCCAUUGUGGCGACUUUCGAGCAUGCCCGAAGCACGUUCUUCAUCCCGCCGUUGCACGAGCGCCGCUGGACGCGAUUUACCUCGACACGACCUACCUCAACCCACAGUACUGCUUUCCUCCCCAGCCCCUCGUCAUUAAGGCUUGCGCCGAACUUGCGAAGAAGAUCGCGUUCGAGGGCGUCGACAUCAAGCCCAAAAUCGAGGAGGCUGAGGCCGCCGGCGACCCGGGCUUGGAGGCUGAGAUUUCAGGCGAGCUGGAGAUGCUGCCGCACGAGGAGAAUAUGAAACCGGAAAUCGAGGACGAACACAUCCAGCCGGAUAUCGACGAGCUGUGUCCCGAGGAGGAAUACCCUCCCGAUUACGACGAUAUGGGGGACAUCGACCCAGAUAUUGACCAGGAAGAUCUCAAACUCGACUCGGAGCCUGACGUUACGCCUGACAUCAAGCCGGAUGUUAAACCUCACCCGGCAGCCAUGGCUUACGGUAUCCUCGAGCGCUCCGUCUCCAUGAUGGAGGGAUGGCUGAAGAAGCAUCCCAGCAAGGAGGGGCAGGAGUCUAAGCCCAAGGGCCGCGUGCUCGUCCUCGUCGGGACGUACUCGAUCGGCAAGGAGCGUAUCGUCAAGGCAAUCGCGCGUGCACUCGACUCCAAGAUCUAUGCGGAUGAGCGUAAACGAAGUAUCAUCGGAGCUCAGGACGACCCCGAGCUACACGCGAUGAUGGGCGACGAUCCUCGAGAGUGCCAGGUCCACAUCGUGCCACUCUGGAACGUCCAACGGGAACGGGCUCAGUCGUAUCUCGAGAUGCUGCAACCACACUUUGAGCGCGUCCUCGCCUUCAGGCCAACAGGAUGGACGUUCCGCGCACCUGCGGGCGCGAACACCGUGCCAGACGUCGACUUCGUGAUCAAGCGCGACCAGGCGCGGGGGUUCAGCGACGUGUCACUGCAACCAAUGCGUGGCUCCUCGCGGCAGUUCAUGAUAUUUGGCGUACCCUACUCCGAACACUCGAGCUUCUUCGAGCUCACUUGCUUCUCAUUAAGCACCCCAGGGGAUGCCAAGAUCAUCGCGACCGUCAACGUCCACUCGGAGCGCAGCCGGCAGGCGAUGCGGAAGUGGUUUGAGAAGUGGGCAGCGGAGAAGGCGCGGCGGAAGGAACGAGGACAGGCAGCCGUAGUUGCGUUUCGUGACGAAAACUAUUGGUGA